AGCAGAAAUCCAAUCAACAAUAGCAUCCCCCAAGGCCUUAAGUUAAAAUUUAUACCCAUUCCUUUGUUUUUUGCAAAUGGCAUGGUUUCGUAAACUCUUUGAACCCAAAGCCCGACCCCCAACUCAGGCCUCAACAGGACCAAGCCAGAACACCGACCAGGCUGCCGCGGCUCAAAGGCGGCAAGGGACUGCUUCACCGCAAGGAUCCUCUUCCCCCACUCGGACUACAUCACCUAAAUCCUCACCCCGUUCCUCUCCGAGCCGCAAGGCUCGUUCUCCUCCUCCUCGGUCUCCAUCACGUUUGGCACCACCUGCUACUACUCUUGUGGAGGGUGCCCCUCCAUCAGGAGGGGAAUCCUCGGCUAAAGUGCACCCGGCACCAGAUGUGGAGGGAAUUCCUCCCCCGCCGUUGUCUCCUACUACUCGGGAUGCCCCUCUUUUAGGAGUAGAAUCCUCUGAAAAAGUGCACUCAGUACCUGAACCCCCAUCCCCAUCUAGGCCUUCUUCACGGCCACCCACCCCACCCCGUUCCUCUCCGAGCCGAAAGCCUCAUUCUCCUCCUCUUUCUCCUCCCCAGUCCCCAGUUUUGGUUCCUGACAGUGAAGUAAAGGCUAACCAAGCAGCACUUCAGGAAACCAUUUCAAAAACAAAAGAGCUUAUUCAGCCACCCGACACGACCAUACCACCUUCCAUAGUAUCAGGAACCGAUACUAUGGAAUCUGAUGGACUUUCUGAGGCUAGCAGCCAUAGAGCAGCUCCAGAAAUCCUAUCAGAAAAACUAACUGCUGCCCUCACAGAAAGUCAACAAGAGACCGCCCCACCUCCUCCGAACUCAGGCGUCGUAAAAGAUAAUGAAAUACUGCCAGAGACAGGGGAGAAUGGUCGUAAUCAUAGCGCAGCAAAACAUGAAAUGACAGAGGAACAGACGGCAAAAAAGCAGCCAGAAGCAACUGAACAGCAAAAGGAGGUGGAGCAUACAGAGAAGGCAUCCAAUUCUGAUGGACCAGAAACUAGAGAAGUGGUCAAUGAUGAGCAGCAGGACAAGAAGCAAAAGCAGAAGCAGCAAGUAUUUAUUCAGAAGAAAGAUAAAAAGGAGAUGCAAUCAUCCAUGGAAGAUGUGCUGGGGGCAGUAAAAGUGAUAACGCUUGCAGGCGAUAACAAAGGGGCAUCCAUGCAGCUAGGCUUCGACCCGUCAUCUAAGGAGCGUCCCAUCCACAUCCACAGAGCUUAUAAAUCAAACCACAAUGACCACCGCAUUGUCGACAACGAAGUGAUCAUCACCACUGAUAUAGAGGAGGCGGGAAGAAAAUCGAACAGCCAAGAAACCAACCAAGAACAGGAAGUUCUGGCGGUUUAUGCCAACUCCAAUGUUCAAGGAGUGAACAAUGCGAUCCUGGUAGACUGUACAAUCACAGAAAGAAAUCCUGGGGUGAGUUUGCAAAUACCAUCAUGUUUGCAAACAGAACCUGUGAACUCAAAUGACGAAACAGCCCCCAUUCAAGCUCACAAGGCUGUUCAGCUGAAAAAAUUUACACAUGAGCCACAGCCUACUCCUACUCUUAGAAGGAGAUGCCUCAGAGGUCUUCUUCUGGAGAGUGAUUCUGAAACAGAGAACCCUUCAAAGCGCCCUCGUCGCCAUGGUUGUCGUGUUGGUUGCAAGGAUAAGUAAACAGUAAUAAUAAUAAUAACGUGUGUACAUAAAAGUUACACUUACUGGAUUGAUCAAAUUGUGGAAUUGUAAUAAAGAUGGCACUUCCAUUACAAAUAUUGUUUUUUUAGAAAUUGUUUCACAUAUGUUUAAAUAAAGCACAUAUGUUUCAAUAAUUUAUUUAACUGAUU